CUCCCGACAUCAUACUCUUUUGAACGGGCAGGGCAAAUGGUCCUUCCAAGAGCAAACGCCGAGGACGCGUGGACAUCGAUUUGAAUUGAGUUAAUACCUGCAUUGCCGAGUCCCGAAUCCAGCUUUUUUCAUUUCACAUUUCAUCCACAGUCGCUUUUUGCCUUUUUGUCUGUAGCUCUCAGACCUGCUUUUAGCAUUCAACCAUCGGGCACGAAUGCCUCGUUCUCAGCCUCGAGGAGACGAUGGCGCCCAGCAAAUCAAAGACCAUGACAAUUUGAAUAGACAGGAAGAAGGCGAGCUUGCCCAAAGCGAUGAUUGGCAUCAUGGCCUGUGUGGAUGUUGUGCAUCCUGCGAGCUUUGCCUUCUGAGCACCUUCGUGCCAUGUCUUCUUCUCGGGCAGACUUCCCAUCGGAUCAAGGAGCCUUCGAUGGAAAGUUAUAGGCAUAUCAAUCGCGAUUGUCUACUGAUGCUGGGAGUCACAUAUCUUACAGGCUUUGGUUGGAUGUAUGUCAUGAAGAAGCGAUUUGAGAUCCGCAAGCGUUAUGGCAUCAAAGGAACCGAUGCGAGAGACUGCUGCGCAUCCUAUUGGUGCCUUUCAUCUGCUUUGGUUCAGCAUGAGAGAGAAGUGCUUGCCCGGCAGGCUGUGAGGAGUGAUCCCAUCACUGAAGGCUAUCAGACUCAACCUACCAUGGAAUUGCCUUCUACACAUAAUCAGCCCACUACAUAGAGUUCAAAUGAAAUUGAGUUUUUCCGGGGUCAAUAUACUGGCCACGAUUCCGAGGUGUUUGUAGCCUUGGCUUCAACUGACAUUGGCACGUAUGUGUGCGGAUGAACAUCGAGAGCUGGAGGUCUCUCCGUGCCUGCAACAAGAAUUCGCAAGUCGACAGUGUCAAUUUCUAUCACAAUUCAACUGAAAAGUAAAUUGUCUCGUAUUCUGUCUAGCA